CACGGCACCGCGACGGGUACCCACACCGACGGGGGUCGCCUUCUAUUUCUUUGGAGGCCCGCCAGGCGUCGCCACCUCGGGGCAUCCGUCGUACCCUGCGGCACUGCCCGCAUCUCUCUGGAAGGGUUCGGCUCGCGGGGUCCCCCCGGGCCAGAGAGUGGCCGUCGGCGGCGAGCCCCGGGGGUCCCAGGCCUCGGUCCCUCUCCUGCCGAGGACGGCCGCUGGCUCGCGAGCAGCCUGCCCCGAGCGGGGGGGGCCGGCGCGGCCGGCAGCAAGCAGGAGGGGCGCCCCGACGCGGACCAGGACCUGGGCGAGGGCAGGCUGGACCUCAAGAGGUUCAUCUGCCAGGAGGUCCGCCGCGUCGUGGCGGCCGAGUGCGCGCUGAUGCUCGGCAGCCUCGAGCUCCAGCUGGAGGCGGCGGUGGCGGCCGCGUCCCACGAGCGCGCGGAGCGGCUCCUGCGGGCCUUCCGGGAGGAGUGCCGGGGCGGCGCGUGGCCCGCCGCGGAGGCCGGCGGGGCGCGGCCGCUCACGGCCCGGCUGGCGGGGAUGCAGCCGCAGCACGCGAGGGCGGGCCACGAGAUCGAGAGGGAGCUGGAGGACGUCGUCGGGCAGUGCGCCGCGCUGGUCGAGGGCGCGGACGGCCGAGACCGGCCGGCCGCGGCGAGCGGCGGCGCCGAGGGUACCGCCCGGCCCGCCGGC